GGGCCUCGGCAACAGAGUAGAAGAAGACGUAUUAGGCCGUCUGCCUUUUCUUCUUCUUCUUCUUCUUCUUCUUCUCGUCUCUCUUUGAGAGUAAGGAAAAAAGACACUAUCUUUCCUUGGAAUUUCAUCGACAAUGUCGAAGGAGAUCGAGAACAGCAAAGAAUCUGUCGGAGAAGUAGACGAUCAGGUCGUGACUCCAUGGGAGGUCUCUGCGAAAGACGGCGGCAAGAUCGACUACGAUAAGCUCAUUGACCGCUUUGGCUGCCAACGCCUCGACGAAACCCUAGUCCGCCGCGUCGAGCGCCUCACUUCCCGCCCGCCCCAUGUCUUCCUCCGCCGUGGUGUCUUCUUCGCUCACCGUGAUUUCAAUGAGAUUCUUGAUGUGUACGAGAGAGGCGAGAAGUUCUACCUCUAUACGGGGCGAGGGCCGUCAUCAGAGGCUUUGCAUCUCGGGCAUUUGGUUCCUUUCAUGUUUACCAAAUAUUUGCAGGAUGCUUUUAAGGUUCCUCUUGUUAUACAACUUACUGAUGAUGAGAAGUGCAUGUGGAAGAACCUCUCAGUGGAAGAGAGCCAAAGGCUAGCACGAGAGAAUGCAAAAGACAUCAUCGCCUGUGGUUUUGAUGUAACAAGAACCUUCAUUUUCUCAGAUUUCGAUUAUGUUGGCGGUGCCUUCUACAAGAACAUGGUCAGAGUAGCAAAAUGUGUCACUUUCAAUAAGGUUGUGGGCAUAUUUGGUUUUACUGCUGAAGAUCACAUUGGAAAAAUCAGUUUUCCUCCUGUUCAGGCUGUCCCGUCCUUCCCUAGUUCAUUUCCACACCUUUUCUCUGGCAAAGACAAUCUUCGUUGCUUGAUUCCAUGUGCUAUUGACCAGGAUCCAUAUUUCAGGAUGACGCGGGAUGUUGCUCCCAGGAUAGGGUAUCAAAAGCCUGCAUUGAUUGAGUCAUUAUUCUUCCCUGCCCUUCAGGGAGAAACAGGAAAAAUGUCUGCCAGUGAUCCGAACUCAGCAAUAUACGUGACAGAUUCAGCUAAAGACAUAAAAAAUAAGGUGAAUAAGUAUGCCUUUUCUGGUGGACAAGAUUCUAUAGAGAACCACAGAAAAUAUGGAGCAAAUCUAGAGUGAAUUUUCACUAGAAGAAAAGAGACUACAAUAAGGAAAAGAUUGUGAAAAGGGAAGGGAUUCUCUAACGCUUCGCAGAGAAGCACCCUCAGCUAAGUCAUCUGCUACAUCAUUGACAUCUCCAGAUACAUUGGAGAAAGAAAUCAACGUGGUUUAUUCCAUCUCCCUGACUUCCUCUAUCCACCAAAGGAACCACUACAGGAAAAUUCCUGAAGAAGAAGCCCAUCUAAUCGCAUUGGCCGAAUCUCCUUCACUGAUGCACUUAGAGGUGUGCAUAUCAACGAGCACCUACAUGCCCCUACCAAAGAGCCCUGACCCAAACUCUGACCCUUCUGUCCAAAAUCUCCCUCUAAGCAUUAUGGUUCUAUUCUAGGUAUAUUUCCCAGGUUUGGUACUAAAUUGAAACUGAGAUCCUUUACAAACAUCAUUAUAGGAGUAGACUAGGUGCAAUCCUUUGGAUGGGUGUGGAUUAUGUGAGGCAGGUGUGACAGUUUAGUGGGUGAGGCCAUGACCGAGGGGCCCACCUUGAGUAUGUGUUGUAUAUCCACGACGUCCAUCCAUUUCGCGAGAUUAUUAUAGGACAUGGUUCUAAAAAUGAGGCAGAUCCAAAAUUCAGGUAGACCACAGAGUAGGGAUUGAAUUCCCACCAAAACUUCUUGGGGGCCACAAAAGUUUUGGAUCAACCU